AUGAAGGGGAAGGCUUAUAAUUCAAGGAGAAUGGGAAGGAGUGGGCUAAUGAGGAAGCUUGUGUGGUGUGGGAAGAGUAGUGUGAGCCGUCGAUCAUCAAAAGCAGAGGCGGUGCCAGAAGGCCACAUUCGGGUGGUGGUAGGAGAGGUGGAGACUGAACUCGUGUUCUUAGAAAUGGAAGCCAAUUACUUGAAUCAUCCGCUGCUGGAAAAACUGCUGAGUUUGACAGGGGAGGAGUAUGGAUAUUCAUAUGAAGGGGCUCUGAGAAUAGCCUGCGAUAUUCGUUUAUUUCAGUAUCUACUUCAUCUUCUCAGUACGGGGAAUCCUUCUGCGCAUUACAUGGAUCUUUCUGAUCUUAUUUCGAAUUUUAAUUUCCAGUGCAGUAACUAG